CAAAGGCUAGACUGGCCACGGCGAGAGAAAGAAGUGACAAUGGAUAUAUUGAUAGCAAAAUGCUGGAAAUUGAGCCACCAUGCAGAACACGACAACGUGGAAGUCGAACAAAGAGAAGAUUUGUGCAUGUGUCGAGGGAAGACUUGCAGAGAACUGGGGUUACCGCAAUAGGCGAUCUUUGACUGUGGGCGUCGCUGAAGGACAGGAAGUAGCUUCUGCUGAUAUUUGCUCGUCUCUUUUCUUUGAAGAACAAGCAGCAAGGGAUUUACUUCACUAUGAGUGCUGUUGUACCCAACCAUCGAAGGACUAAGCCAGGAGGCAUCAAGCCUGGAGCGGCAGCCACUGGGGUGACCGGACCGACGUCUCAGAUUCCCGGUCUGUCCCAGACUGCUGACGAAAGCACAGCAGUGGAGAGGGUCAGCGGCCGGCGAGUUGGAAUCGUCGAGUCCGACUCGGACUACGUCAAGCUCGCUAAGCAAGGCGGACAUAAAGGCCUUUUGAGCCAUGACAACGAUGAGGAUGACAAGCCCAAGGCAGCCUACAAUCCCAACAACUGGUUUUCAGGUGAUGACUCCAACAGCAGCAGCAAAGCAACAUCUCCCAACGGCCAGGCCAAGGGCGGCAAGCAGCCGUUGCUUGCACCGUUUGGCACUGAUAACAGUUCAACCUGGGAAAGACACCCCGAUAUAGUUACUCAUGAUAAAGAUAAGAUGUCUCCUGAUGGUACCGCAGUUCAGCUGGAGGGGCUGUCUGUGAGCAACAAGUACAAGAGAACGUCUCACGAUAAGCAAAUGCCCCCGGUCAGCAUGACCAAGCUGCUGAGUCACGGCUACGUGGAGGACAAAAAGAAGUCUCCCAAUGAUGACGAUGCCUCAAGCGUGACCUCGGAGCAAACUAGCACCGCUGCAACGGAGGAUGUGGAUGACCUUGAUUAGUGUGUCGAGCAGCUGUUCCCACAUUCACUGGCUUUUCUUCUUCAUCCACUGACUGUUUGUGCUCAUGUUUAUGCAUUGGGAUGAGCCCUUCCUUUGGUUUGCUUUCGUUUGUAUAAAGCAUUUAAUUGAGUAGAUGUGAUGAUGAUGUUUUGUUUUUGUAAUGCAAUUCCUCAACUUGGGAAAGUAACUCGGGAGCCGUGUCCAAAACUAAUCUCGUCAAAUGUUUCUGUGCUUUUGACCUGCUCAGUUUGCCGGCCUAACUGUAUGAGGAUUGAUCAAGUCGGUUCUUGAUGUGUUGUGCUAAUUUAUUUGCGAUAAAGUGAAGUCAAAAUAUGUAUUUUUGAGCUUCCGAUGCGAGCUGAUCGCAAAGCCACUGCUACAAAGUGAUGUUUAGAUUCCAGUUCUGCAAAAUAUUAGUUUAAUGCUAUAUUCACCGGGUCUCUCUCUCAUGUUCUGUCUGUAAGCGGAAUAAAAAUAACUCAAAUUGCA